UAUUGAUAGGCAUUGCUAUUUGCUAUGACUCUACGAAAGAUUGUGCAUGCAGGAAGUAUUCAGAGCAAUGGCAGUUCUUUGGAAGCUUGUUAUUACUGAGAAAGAAAAUAUGUCUAUUGGAUUUAUACUCACCGAAGUGGUUUAACUGAAUGAAAAAUGAAGGCCCGUUUUUUGUCAAAGUGGAGAAAAACGUAAGCGUGACUGAAACCCAGGAGUGUUUCUGAGCGGGAAGCAAGCGGCAUUAUCGUGAAAAUCUGGUUGCAAUAAUACGCAAGUACCGAAAAAACAAACCGCACCGCUAACUAUAGCAAAAGAUGAAACGUGCUCGCCAUUUGAGAAAUGGCACAUGAAAUAAUAUACUGGAAGUGGUUGGAGCGAUGGCAGUUCCUCGGAAGUUUGUUCUUGAAGAUGGAGAUAUGUGCAGUGGUUUUAUACUUGGAGAAAUGGGUGAAUUGAAUAAAAAAUGAAGGCCCAUUUUUUGUCAUUGAGGAGGAAAACAUGUGCGACUCAGAUCGAGACGAUGUUAAGGUUAAAAAAACUGGAAAAUGGAGCCUUAAGUGAAAAUAAUGUUAAGUAAUUGAUCGAGGAAAGAAUGAAUGCAUAACAUCAGAAUGAAUGGCAUGAACUUGAGUCCCACAGGGAUAGAGCAGCUGAGUGCUUCGACUGUUAGUAGCACCCUGCCUGUGACAGGAGGACAUUUAGGAUUGACUACAUCACCUCCACACAACUCCAUACCAACACCAGGAAUGCCAGUUGCAGUUCCAAACCUGGGAGCAACGCUUGGCUCGGUUCCUUCUGCACUAUCUUUGAUGCUCCCUGUGGGAAUUGGAGAUCGUGGUGUAAUGUGUGGUAUUCCUGACAGAAAUUAUACUCUUCCUCCACCUCCUUACCCUCAUUUGGAAAGCAGCUAUUUUCGACACAUACUUCCUGGUAUCCUUUCUUACUUGGCAGACCGACCACCUCCACAGUAUAUUCAUCCUAGCUCUAUUAAUAUUGAUAGCAGUGUGCCUCCCUUGGACCCUUAUCAGCCUGCUGGAACAAUUGGACUAGAACCUGGAGUUUUACCAAUGGAUGUACGGCAGGUAGGCCCACACAGUGGGCAAAGUCUUCACCACAGUGACAGUCAUGAUGUCCCCCUGGAUACUGGAAUCGCAAUGGAUGCUGUCCCUAGGGUAGCAAGUCCAGUUACCACGAUUUCCACAGACAGAGUAACAGAAGAACUGACAAUGGAUGGUGUUGCGAUGGAUGGUGUUGCAGGAGAGAAUCCUCGGUUGUCCGAUAGUUCUAGGACUCAUGAAGUAUUAACAGUAGACUCCGUUGGGAACAGCUUGUCUGCAGACUCUACAGAUCAUGGUGAAGUAAUCCCAGUUCAAGUAAGCACUUUGGAAUUACCAGUUGUAAUGGAAUCUGAACAUGUAGGUGGACGGGCAAACAAUGUUUCUGAAAAUGCCUUAAGUGACUUUAUUCAUGGUGUGGCAAUGAGUAUGAAUUCUGUCAGCCUCUCACUGUCUACCUCUCAUCCUCUUUCUCCCUUAGAGCCAAUAGCUCUGUACAGUGCAGCCAUAUGCCUUGAGCCUGUCACAGUUUCUUCUGUACUGCCAGAAGGUGCUAUGGCACCUAUUCGGUCAGAUAUGGCAUCUCAGAAUCUUGGGUUUGCAGCAUCUUCACUUCAGAUGGAAGAUUCUACUUCAAACAAAGAAAAUGUACCUGCAUCGUUCACAAUAUGGUGCAUAUUGUGUGACAGGGCCUAUCCCUCAGAUUGCCCAGAACAUGGGCCUGUGACAAUUAUUCCAGACAGUCCCAUUGAGAGUAGAGCUCGACUUUCCUUGCCAAAGGUACUCAUUAUUAAACAUUCGGUAACAGGAGCCGAAACCGGUGUUAGGGCUCGAGAACCUAUACCUCCAAGGACUUGUUUUGGCCCUCUGAUUGGAGAACAGGUUCGUGUAGCUGACAGUGCUGAGUGGUCAGAUAUAUCACAGAACCACUUGUGGAAGGUCUAUAAUAAUGGUGAACUGGAGUUUGUUAUUGUAACGACAGAUGAAAAUGAAUGUAAUUGGAUGAUGUUUGUCCAUAAAGCCAGGCACGUGGAGGAACAGAACCUAGUAGCAUACCCACAGAAUGGAAAAAUUUUCUUCUGCACAUCAAAAGAAAUUCCAGUAGAUCAAGAGCUCCUUUUCUACUACAGCAGGGAUUAUGCUCGACAGUUGGGUGUCCUUGACAACCCUGGAAUGCGUAUCUGUGACCAUGGAAAAGAAUGCUCAUCCUUCACAGAGUUCAAGUCCCAUGUUAGUAGCCAUGCUCAGAAUCAGCUACCAAGCGUUGUGUCAGAUAGCAAGCAAAAAGAGAGACAGUGGAUGUGCUCCAUGUGUCCUAGGGCUUUCACAUCCUCCUUCAAACUCAAUAUCCACCUCAUGGGCCACAUGGGAAUGAAGCCACACAAGUGUGAAUUCUGCAGCAAGGCAUUCAGUGACCCCAGCAACCUCCGUGCACACCUCAAGAUACACACAGGUCAGAAGAAUUUUAAGUGUUCAGUGUGUGAAAAAUCAUUUACCCAGAAGGCACAUGUAGCUUCCCAUAUGGACAUUCACACAGGAGUGAAGAACUUAAAAUGUGAUUAUUGUGACAAGAUGUUCGUAAGAAGGCAGGACCUUCGACAACAUACAUUAACCCACACACAAGAGCGUCAAAUUGUGUGUCCCAAAUGUAAGAAGUUAUUUUGGAAGACAAGUCAUCUCAAAAAACAUUUGAACUCUCAUGAAGGAAAACGGGAUUAUGUCUGUGAAAAAUGUUCCAAGGCCUAUUUGACCAAAUAUCACCUUACUAGACAUUUGAAAAUUUGCAAGGGACCUAAACCUAAAUCAUCUGCUUUAGAUCCAGAGGAUGAUGAAGGUGACUCAGAUGAUGUGGAAUUAAUUGAUUCUUUGGGCUCUGAAGACUGUAAAAUAAAUGAAGACUUGUAUUCAACAGAUGAUUCUUUGUCAGAGCACAAGUGACUGGCUUUUCUAAAGAGUCAGUGAGUUUACUUUGGAAAGACUGAGACAUUAGCAUGUCUUUAUAAAUAAAUGCUGACCAUUCUAUCAAGAACCAGCUUUUCAGAUUUGCACUUUGAAAAUUUUUGUUGACUGUUAUUUAAGUAUUGAUUGACAAAAUUCCAUACAUGAGGCAGCACUGCCAACAAUUAAAAGUGGCCCUAUGUCAAGUAAUUUUGGUCUAAAUUUAGCCUAGAUUGUUGACACUACAGUAAAUAUAGUAUCCUUUUUUUGCCAGCUG